GCACGCGCGAAGGAGAACAGUCGCAUUGUUCCUUCGUUCGUGUCCUGUUUUUUGUUUCAGUCCUUUUUCCCUGUCUAUGCCGUGCCAGAGCAUAAUAUUUAGCCCAGACACAACAAAAAUGGACAUUGUUUUUUGAAAAACGAAAUAAUUCGUUGUAAAAAUUCCAUCGUUACUUCCAUUAUUAAGGCGAGUAUAGCAGUGUUGAGAGAGUACGCCCCCUGUUCCAGACCGCGUGGACUGAGAAGGCCAGUUGAGAAUACGGGUGUGUGUGUAUGUGGAUGUGUGUUUGUGUGUACGCGUGUGGUUCCAACCAGCCAACAAAUUUCCCAGGAGCAUAUUUGAAAUCCUUGGAAGCAUUUCUGACCUUUUUAGCUUCAAGUGAAUAUCGAACGUUUUGUGCUAUUAAGAAGACGUUGUCUAUGCAAAACUGUGGAUGGCGUUCCAAGGUUCGUCGAACAAGGACGCUUGAUGCAUUUCCUCUUCAAAGUGGCAACGCAGUGAGAAACCAGGAUGUGCCAUUGAAUCUGUCCGGCCAGUGAAUCGUUUUGUGUGAACAUCAGACGUUUUCAAAGGACCUUUGAAAUUGCAAAGAAAAUGAGCGAGCGAAAUCCCUUCCGGCCGACUUCUUCCGGAAGCAACGGCGCCUUGGUGACGGAUGCUCGACUAUCUCAACUCUUUGAUCCCAUUGCCCGCCUUGUAGAUGUUUAUCCACCCAACGAUCGUCGCAACGCAGGAUAUCACAAUCAGCGUGAUUCUUCGGAAUAUGCUCAUCUAACAGCAUACCCGGCCAUCAUUGAACCAGUUGGAUACGAUGAAGGCACGGCGAGGUUGUCCUACAUGUCAUCCAAUUCGCCGAGUAUCAAAAGACGUUCGCUGGAUCGGCCAUCCUCCAGCCAGAGCCAUGGCAACAGCUUCUUGCGGCCAUCUUCCGUCCAGUAUCAUUAUCGACGUCAGAGGCUAUCGGAUAACAACUUUCAGCGGACCUCGAUCACGUCGCAAACCUCGUCGUUGCACACGGCGCUGUCCGAAUUGGCCGGCGACGUCGAAGUCGUUGACAUGGAAGAUGGAGCGCUGACCAACGAUCGCUAUUCGCAUAACUAUCAAGAUGGCGAAGUUGACAGCGAAGCGACGAUGGCGGCCAGCAGCAGCGGCGAAGGCUUCUGGUUCUCGGAUUCGCGCAACUAUCACCACCACGGCGAACAGGAUCACGCCAGCAUGAUGAUGGGCGUCAUGGACGAUGAGGAACACUACGCCGACGACGACGGAUACAUCCCGUACGUCUACAGCAUGGAGGGCGGCGAUCCGGGAGUCAAUUGGGAGGAACGCUGUCUGGAACUGGAAAUGUCUCUUCAGCGGUUCAGGGAUCAGGCCGGCAAGAUCCGCGGAUUGCUCCGCGAAAAGCUGGCGGAAAUGGAGGCGCGCGUCGUCGGAGCGGAAACUCGGGCCGAAAUCGCCGAAGAAAAGCUAAGAAUCAUGGAGCAACAGCUGGCCGAGUCACCGUGGAAUUCAUUGACGGAAGGAAGUGCAGUGUCGCCUCACCAGACGACGGUUAAGGAGCGAGACGUCAUCAACCGGCUGGAGGGUCAAGUGGACGAGCAGCGCAAGAUGAGACUCAACGACGCCAAACAGGUCGAGGCCAAAGCAGCCAAGAUCAAGGAAUGGGUCACCAACAAAUUGCGAGACCUCGAGGAACAGAACCAACAUCUACGCGAGCAAAAUCAAAAAUGUAACGAACAGUUGGAAUUGCUGCGCAACCGUCUGCGCCAACUGUCGCAGACCAAUUCGGCCAACUCCAAGAAUCAUCGGGCCAGCACUGAGGAUUCUUCGCGCGGAAGCUUAGAAGAUCAACCAGGCAGCGAUGACAGCUUAUGUCGCGUUGGCGGAGGAAAUGCGACAGAAGGAGGGAAAGGACGCGGAAGUGGCAGUGUCAUCUCACCCUGUGAUGCCACGUCACAGCUGGAUGCGUUGUACGCGGAAGUAGAUUUGUCGAAGAAGCGCCAACAGAGAUGCGCAUCCGGCGGCGGUUGUAUGACGAGCUCAAUGACAUCAUCGUAUGGAGGAGGCGGUGGCUUGGGUCUCUCGGGUCCAGUCAACUCGAUGAUGCAGCAGAGGUUUCCGGAUGGGAAUCGACUCUCCCUCUCCGGUUUGACGCGCACAGUUCGCGAUUCGCGAGUUGAUUCAGGAUCGGUCGACAUGGAGACGCCGCUUAGCCUCAGUCCCAAGAGUCCGAUAUCUGGGGGCCUCAAUGAUGAUCAUGCAUGCAGCCAUAACAGCGGAUCGAUCGGCAAGAAACCUAUCCCGCCUCCUCGAACAAGAGUUCCACGAAAGGAUAGCGAUAACAGCGUUAAUGAUGGCAAUGUUAGUGACCAUAGUGGCAGUGGCGGAGUGGCCCUGACGGCAAAGGGCAACUGCCCUAGUGCAGGUACAUUGUCUGGCCUUUCAGACGCUGAUACGUAUGAGAAUGGUGCUACCACAGCUUUGGGCGAACUAGGCCAAGCCAUCGACCAAGCCAUUGCUUCCAUGACGGCCGCUGCAUCCGAACACUCGGAUUACGAUGUACCGAAACCUCCGCGAAGUCUUAAAGUUCGUACUAAGCUUAUAUCCAGCGAAGUGCACGACUAUGCCGAGAUUUACACGCCCAGUAAAGAGCGAUUACCUUGGAACGGAUCGGCCGCCAUCCCCGUGUCGACGGCACGCCACUCAAUCUCCCAUCCGGGCAGUUUGGUGAGCAGUGUGGGCGACGAUUACCACGACGACAGCAAGCCACCCACUCCGCCGUUGCACAGAUUCCCGUCGUGGGAGUCGCGGAUUUAUCAGGCAGCUGCCGAAGGCUUCAGCGUGACGGAACAGCCUCCCUCCACGAUUCCACUUCAAAUCCACCAAAUUCAUCCCAACCAUAAUCAACAGUCACGGACACUUACCCACCGAUUAUCGAACUCGGGCAGUGUUGGAUAUCACGACAUCAGCAUCCCCGUUUAUGCCACCGUCAAAGGUCGGGCCAGCCAAAUUCGAUCAGUGCCCUUCAGUGGAGAUUCAUCAGACUCUUCAGACGGUGAAGACCACGCGGAUGUUCGUGACAACUGUAACGAAUCGGCCAUUUCGGAUGACUAUGCCCUCCCACCCGACGACAACGGGGCUGAAGCGGAGGCAGCGAUAGUGGCGCAGUCAGUAGCCAUGUUGCGAAUCUCUACACUUGAAAGGAAUAGUGAUGAGCUGGAGAAAAGCGGUUACUUGACGAAACUCAGUGGCAAACUGAAAACAUGGCGGAAGCGCUGGUUCGUCCUGAAGAACGGAACGCUAUCGUACUGGAAAUCCCAGAGUGAUCUCGGUAGGAAGCCCCAGGGUCAAAUUUCGCUCGACGACAGUUGCCGGGUCUGGCGAGCGGAUGGGGCGGCCACGUUUGAGAUCUCCACAUCAAAGAAAACGCACUAUUUAACGGCCGACUCGAGCGGCACCGUCGACGACUGGGUGCGCAUUCUGCAGAACGCGGUCCGUCGCAACACGACCCGUCUCCUUUUGGGCCGCGAGGACCAGAAACCAACGCUCGAAGGAUGGAUUGUCAAAGUGAAGCACGGACAUUCGAAACGCUGCUGGUGCAUGCUCGUCGGCAAGACCUUCCUCUACUUCAAAGCGCCCACCGAUCAGGUCCCUCAGGGUCAGAUCAACAUGCGAGAUGCCCGCGUCGAAGAACUGGAGCACGUUUCCGAUUCAGACAGUGAAGAGGCUGAAAGCAGUCCGAUGGCGACAGCGAGAUCAGCCAACUUGACGGUUGGCAUCUUCCCUCCUCACGAGGAUCCGACGUACUUGCUGCUGGCCAACAAGCAGGAAAAGGAUGCUUGGCUCUACCAGCUGACGAUCGUUUCAGGCGGCGGAGCUCAUAGCGGAACGCAAUAUGAGCAAAUGAUUCAGAAGCUGAUGGAAACGGACGGAGAUCCAAGCUGCAAUUUGUGGCGGAAUCCUUUGCUGCUCCAUUCCAAGGACAGCAUCACAUCGCCUCUGACGACUCUUUCGUCCGAGAGCUUGCACAGCGAAGCCAUCAAACUGUUCAAAGCUAUUCAGUUGUUUACAUCGGCAUUACUGGACUCGGCCGGCAUUGAUUACCAUGUCGUGUUGGCUCAGAAUGCUCUGCAUCAAUGUCUAUGUUUACUGGAGCUGCAACCCGAGUUGAUUUGCGCUUUGAUUAAGCAGACGUCGCGUGUCCAGCCACAGAGUCAGCAGCCUGUAGUUGGCGUCGCUGGCGUCGGUAGCAAGUGGGGCGGCGGGCAGGUAAAUCGCUCGGCGCUGCACAAAAUCUCGAAACCCGCCAAACAGUCCACUCAUAAAUUGUCCACUGCUUUACCGCCAUCUUCGGCGUCGGGCUCGCAUCAUUUACAUCAUUCUGGUUCGAUUUCGAGUGGUUCCUCAUUAUCGUCAGAUAGCAAAGCUGCCAGCGCACCUUUCACAUUCGUUCAAGGCUGGCAAUUGCUAGCGUUGACCGUUUCCCUAUUCGCUCCUCGCAACAACAAGCUUCUCUGGUACCUCCGAUUGCAUUUAAAACGCAACGCAGACACUAAGACGGAGAUGGGCAAAUACGCCUCUUAUUGCCAACGAGCUCUCGAACGGACCCUUCAGAUGGGUCCGCGUGAAUCCAAGCCGUCGCGGAUGGAAGUGCUAUCCAUCCUACUCAAAAAUCCUUACCAUCACUCUCUACCGCACGCCAUCCCUGUCCACUUUCUCAAUGGAACCUAUCAGGUGGUUGGUUUUGAUGGUUCAACGACAGUCGAGGAGUUCCUGGUGACACUCAAUCGUGAAAUUGGUUGUCGAGAUGUGAGCCAAUCUGGUUUCGCUUUAUUUAGCGAUGAUCCGAUAGAAAAGGAUGAAGAGCAUUGGUUAGAACCAAAAGCUAAGCUUUGCGACAUUAUAUCCAAAUGGGAAACAGCACUCCGGGAAAAGGGCUUGGGCAAGUUCCAAAACACAAAAGUCAUUCGGCUGACGUAUCGUCACCGCCUCUUUUGGCGCACCAACCUCAAGGGCGAGACCGAACGGGAGCGAUUGUUGUACUGCUACCAGACGGCGCAGAGAAUAUCGGACAAUAGAUUCCCGCUCACCAAAGAGUUGGCCAUCGAACUAGCGGCCAUCAUGUCGCAGAUCGACGGCGGUGAUUACAAUCCCGAACGGGGCCGUGGAAGCGGCGGAAGUUCCGGUCAUCUGCAUCAAGGAGCCAUGCAGGCCCUGGAGCGCUUUAUUCCCAGGCGCUACAAAGACGGGAUCUCACAGGAAGAGUUAAAGGAAAUGGCGGACGCUAUAACGGAUAAAUGGACGGCGUUGAAAGGCCGAAGCAUUGCCGAUUGUGUGCGAAUUUAUUUGACUUGCACGCGCAAAUGGCCCUUCUUCGGAGCAGCUCUUUUCCACGCCAAGGUUAAUGCCGGUGGAGGCAAUUCAGACUUGGAAGGAGCGUCCGUCUGGCUGGCUGUCAAUGAAGAGACAAUCACGCUCUUAGACGUGACGUCGAUGCAAUCCGUGGCUCGUGUUCCAUAUUCCGCCGUAGUUACCUUCGGUGGCUGUCAGGAUGAUCUCAUGGUUGUUGUCAACAAUUGCGAUAUUCAGGGGCCUGGAACACAAAAAAUGCUAUUUGCGCUCCCGAAACCCAAGAUAUUGGAGCUGACACUGCUAAUAGCUGACUACAUGAACGCUCUUGGUUGCGUGUUACCCAGCACACCAAACGCUUCGUUGUCCCGACUCGAUUCUCGUCGCUCCGGUCGGAGUAAAACUAAAGAGCGAGACAGCGAUCGAAGCGGUUCUUUGAGUCACCGAAUACAAGCUAGCAUUGAACCAGAUAUUCUUCGUGCCACUCCUGAGAUGGAAAGCAAAAUGCAACAUCACCAUCACCACCAGCAUCACUACCACGAAGAGACAGGCAAUAAGCGACGGAUUACAACAGACAGCUGACAACUGACUAACGAUACUUGUUGUCACUUGUUUGUCUGUGCCGAGCUCGUCAGCUGAUAUUCGGCCAUGUAUGGUGCGAGUGAAGAGGAGAGCUGAAAUAAUCGUUCUCCCAGUGUGCCUUUGUUAGAGGAGCUGUUUGGUGAGAGCAGAAAGGGGAAAAAGACUAGUCUUCCACAGCCCUUUUUUUCUGGGAGAUUCUGCACCUUGACUUCACAACAUUUUCAUCCGCUUUUCCCGAGGCCAUUAUUGUCGCUGCUUAUUUAGAUUUCAAGCCUUGUGAAUGUAACUGGGCUCGUUGCUGACCGUUGCGUGUUCAAUGAAGUACGGUUUUUAUGCCUUUUCUCUCAUUUUCAAUGGCAAAAAUAGAGAAACGGUAGGCAACAAAAAUUGUCCGGCGAAUGGUACUUUAUCUCGUGUGUUUGUGUGUGUAUCUUCUAGUCUGCUACUCUAUAUCCGACAGGUCCUCAUCCAUAUAUAACAUUUAAAGAACUCGAGCUGUGUGCGUGUUCGUACGUGUGCGUAUUUUAUUUUCCUCAAAGGCAAUAAAUAUCUACGUUAACUCUAAAA